ACGAAUGAUGGAUGCAGGUCCUCCGCAUCCUGUAGACGUCUUUCUGUUUGUGUCUUCCUCGAUCCGGAUGCGAACCCUCCACCGAGCCUCCCGCAACAUUCAUUCUCGGAAUGGAUUCUCCCGUAGCCGGGGCAACGCGCCGCAGAAGGUCUGCGCGGCUAGGCGAGCGUGCGGACCGGCUGCGUGGCGAGAUCCCCGCGGGAAUAGCUCGCGCGGGGGCUGCUUCGUGGCGCUGGUCGCUCCUGCAGCUUGGCUGGGACUGGAGCUGGGACAAUCUGAUCUCUGAUCUUUGUACCCUUCUCCGAGGCGACUUGGUACUCGCAGCCAUCAGUGUAGAGUAGAAUUUUGCUAUAGAAGUAGCACUAAGAAACCCGCUGAAGUCACCAGCAUAGAGCACCCAGCCAACAGGGAGCAACCAUGCCUGCGGAAGGAGGGAAGACGGAUAUGGAGAGGAUUGGCCUCUUCAGUGAGAUGGAAUAUAUCACUGUGGGAGAUAAAUAUGUGUCACAGUUUAAUCGACCUUUUAAUGAAUCUGCAAGCAAAAAUAGACAGAUUCUACCCGGGGGAUCCAAAGAAAUGUCCAAUCUCCAGGCAGGUUAUUUUGACCCCCAUUUUGCAAGGAUUUUUGAAGGUGAAGGCUAUGUCAAUCCGAAUCAAGUGAGGAGACGGUACAUGAUGGAAGAAGCCAAGAAAAAUCUAAGCAAAGCGUUCCUCCCUAGUAAUGGAGAGAAAAAGCCCUGUGGAUUAGGAAGUUACUAUGGAACCAUAGGGGGACCAGUCCCGUUUUUCAGUGCUCAGUCUAAACCCAAAGAAAAAUAUGAGCCACCUGGAAAGAAUUUAUACACAAACCCAGGAAAGAAAGGAACUGGAUAUGGCUAUGCAAAUAUUACCAUAGGUAAGCAGUUUUCACACUCUUCUGAUCUCUAUGAUGCAGCAAAACUAAAUAACAAGAAAGAGAAUGAAGAACAUCGUCGUUUACUUAAAGGGACAGCUUUCAAAUUAAAUCUUUACCCAAGGGAAUAUUUUGAUACCAAUCCUUACAUGUCUGAGAAACCUUUACCACCAAUUAAAAAAGUAGAGAAGAAAGAAACAGUUGGAAACCCUUUUAAGCCCUCUUCUCCUGGCAAAAAGGCUGGUGGAAUGAAGGCAGGAACAUUUGAUCCUUACCCUACACAUUCUGCUGACCCUUACGUGGUUAAAUGGAAAAGCCCAUCCAGCAAAAGUGCUAAGGUUUUCCAUCCGCCAGGUGGACCAAAAAGCAGACCAAUUGAAAGUAUAAUGGCUUUGAAUGUCAGAAGGGCACUAAAUACGAAGAACUACAAGACUGCUUCAGUACAGUCCUAUUAGCAUCUGGAAGACAAAUAACCUUACAGGUCCUGACUACCAAAAAUACACUAUCAAGUGCUUAUUAUUUGAAAAAGUAUAUAAGAUGUGUGGAGCAAAUAGCUCAAACAUUUAGAGGAAAUUUAAGGCUGUGACUCUAAUGCUCUUCCUUCUUUUCAUACUGUUACAUCAAUAAAUGACUAGUAUUUGUUAAUAA